AUGAAAACUCUGCUGCUGGCCUUGCUGGUGGUGACCGUCGUGUGCCUGGACUUUGGUAAGGACGCACCCUGGAAUGUUACCAAUGCCCCAGAGCAACUUGCAGAACCAUACACAAAUGUCCCAAUGGGCAGAAUCUCUGCUUUAGAAGAAGGACAUGGUACAAAAAUGUCGCAACAACCACUGAUCUGUUCUUUCGUAUUUUUUUUAAUAAUAAUUCUUUGUGUUUCCUUCAAAGGAUUCCUGGUAGUAAAGGGAUGUGCUGCUACCUGCCCUACUGUGAAACCCAAAGAGACCAUUGAGUGUUGCUCAACAGACCGUUGCAACUUUUAG